AUGAUUUAAAUGGAAUAAUAAGAAAAAGGAGUAUAAUAAAAGAAGAAAAUUCGCAAUUUAAUUGAAAACUUAGAAAAUCAUUUGAGAUUGGAUGAAAAGAUUAUCAAUUUAAAAUAAUAGUUAGAUAAAUUAAGUUUACAAAUAACUACAUCAUCUGAUUAGGAUAGUGUUAAAGAAAAAAUGAAAUAAUUGGAAGUAGCAAUAUUUAACUAUGAAGAAGAGAAGAAGAUUUGGAAUUAUAAUGAUGAGGAAAAAAAGAAAUUAUUAGAUUCCUUUAAAAAUAUAAUUCAAUAAAUUAAAGUAUUUUUAGUAAUUGAAUUAGCCUUUAGAAUUAUCUUAUGAAAAUUAAAGAUAGAUACAUAAAGACUUAAAAAACCUGAACAGAUUUGAAGAGCAUUUUCUAAUUUUAAGGGUAAAAUCAAAUGAUGAAGAAUUUAUAAUGUAAGCUUCUAAAAUCCUAAGUAUGGUAUGUGAUAAGAAAAAUGAAAUAAAAAGUGGAAUCAAUUAAUCAAAAGAGAAGAUUCAUUAAGAGGAUUAAUAAAAUAGAAUUUAAUAAUAAGGAAAGGAUGAAUUGAAAAUAGUAAAAUAGGAUGAAAAAAUAAUGAUGUAAGAAACUCCAACUUAAGAAGGAAUUACGGAAGAAUAACUAAUUAGUUAAUAAUAAAGCAAAAAUUUAAUAACUAAAUAAGAAUAGAAUUAAUAAAGUGAUCAAUUAUGUGAAACAGAGAAAUGUUAGAUAUGCUUUGCAAAUAAAAGAAAAUUUGUUGCUAUUCCUUGUGGACAUUACAUUUAUUGUUAAUCUUGUAAAGAAUUAGUUUUAUAAAAACUAAAAUGUCUUUUAUGUAGAUAAAAUGUACUAAAAAUGUUUGAAAUAUUUUCAUGA